CAAGUUUUAAUCAACAAUCAAUGAUACCGACUUAUACCUAACUUUUGUUUUUAUAGUUUAUUCGACAAAAAAAAUAAUUAAACAAAAGUUAGUAAAGAAUUAUAUUAUGAAAAAGCUUAAUUUGGUAUCAUUCACAAUUAAUAAAAAUUAUAUUAUUACUAAAAAAUCAACAAAAAUUAAUAUUAUCUAAAAAUAAUUUUUUCUAUAUAAAAUUGUUUUAUAACAAGAAAAUCAGAACAGCAGAAGUAUAAGUGGGGUUCACCGUUCACCACCUUAGUGUUCUGAUUUUCUCUAGAACUUUGCGCCUUCACCGAGCUCCAAUAUAUGUCGGUUUUUCUCCUCUCUCAUUUUCCUUAUUUUACUCCUCUAAUCAAACCCAGAUAACAUUUUAUUUCCUCUGUUUAUAUCUAGAUUUCCCACAAAGGGUAUGUAGUUUAUAAUCCUUUGUUCCUAAACCUUGCUAUAUCUAAUGAACUGAAUUUACUCAAUUAUUUGAUCAAAUACCCAUCUCUUUUUUUCUUUUUCUUUUCUAAAAUUCUUUAUAAAUCAGAAUCAAAGUUGGGGAAAUGAAUGAGGGGAAGAAGUAUUGCGCUGAUUGCAAGACCACAAAAACUCCUUUAUGGAGGAGUGGUCCUUAUGGUCCCAGGUCACUGUGUAAUGCUUGUGGAAUCAGAUACAGAAAAAGAAAGAUGGCAGAAGACAAGGAACCCAGUUCAGGAAUCAGGAGGAGAGAUGAUUAUAAUGAUGAUAAUCAAAUGAAUGAAUCAAUGAAGAUAAGAUGUAGUAGUUACACUGAUUAUUCAUCUUCUUCUUCGUCUUGUUCACCAUUGAAGAAACAGAGGAGUAAUAAUGGAAAUAUUAUUAGUAGAAAUUUGGGGGAGGUGGAGCAAGCUGCUGUGUUGCUUAUGUCUAUGGCUUGUGAUUCUAUUUUUGCUUAAUUUGAAUGAAUUGUUUUAGGGGAUUAGGGUUUGACCACAUUAAUUAAUUGUGUUUUUAGAUUAGUGAUGAUGAGUAUGUACGAGAUGAAAUGGCUAGGGUUUUUUGAUUUGGUGGGUGUUUUUUUGGGAUGUUUUUAUUGGAGUAAAGGGUUUAUAAGAAUAUUGGAGAGAAGGAAAAUCAUAUUUUGUUUCACUAUUAUCGAUUUUCAUAUCAUUUUUUUCUUCUCUAAUAAUAAUAAUAAUAAUAAUAAUAAUAAUAAUAAUAAAUAUUGUUGAAAUGUGUAGAAUAGUUUGAAAGAAAAAAAUGGAAGUGAUAGGAGAAUUGAAAGUUUUAGGCCUUUUGCAAUGUUUGGAGUUGUAAUUAUUUGGGUCGUUUAUUGUAAAUUUUGUAAUUAUUAAGUUUGUUAACAAUUUGGUUACACUUCAUUUGCUGUAUUCGUUUU